AAGAAGUUGCUUCAAAUGAUCUGAGGAACCCGCCAUUUCCGGAUUACGAGACACUUUCGGGACACCCUGUAUACAUUCGUUGCAUAUAUUUUCGAACCUACGCUUCUUCGAUAUCGACAUAGCCAAUUCCAUUCGGCUAACUGCAAACAGCGAAUGAUUUCAUCUCUCCUGCGCAUAAACUAUGUCGAUGAAACGUUCGCAACUCUGAAUAAAAACGGACCACCGUCAAAGACUUAAAGAGUUACGAAGCUAAUAGACUGUCCCGGCUUCUGAGACCAGCUCGGAACAACUGAAAACGAGCUCGGCGAUCGGCGAGUCCCGAAAAAUCGCGGUCGGUUAAUGGAAUCGGGGAACAAAAGGACUCGAGGGCGGUGUAAACACCGGGAAAACCCUGCGCAUAGUUUUAUUGGUCGGUAGAAGGGAAGGGUUUUUGCCGGGCGACUUUCGCAGUGGGAUUCUCGUGUAACGACAUUGCGGCGGACUAGAUUCAGCCGGUAGUCAACGGUGACGGCGCGGCGCAAAAAGGCCGGAAUACCCGGGCUUUUUUUCGGGAAAAGUUCCAUUCCGUGGUCGUCAUCUCGCAGACCAUUUCGCGGUAAAAGUGGCGAGCGCGCCGCGAACGAGCCAGCCGUCCCCGACGGAGGGUCGUUAUCCCCGUGAUUACAAAUUUGUGGACCUGCAGAGGUAGCUCGUUUAUGUUCAAACAGAAACGAUACGACGAGGCCGGGAGGAUGCGGAAGCAUUUGCUCGACGAACAAGACCCGGGGACCCGGGCGGAUGCGGGGAUGGAGGAGAGACGCUUUCGAAUCGGGGAAGUUGCUGAUUGAAAAUGCACGCCGAGCUUCUCCAACCCAUGCGGAGAUAAAAGUGAGGGAACGGACACGAGCGCGGGGACGUGAAACCUAUCGGCGAGACGAUUUCGGGCGGACAACGGAAGUGAAUCGCGGUUACGUCGAUCUUCGUCGUCGCUUUGCUUUGCUUCGAGAUCGCCCGUUUAGGACAGUUUUCUUUAAUUGUUGCUGACAAGUCGAGUGGACGUCUUUGUGACUAUUUUGUGGUGCAUCGAAGAAUCCCUAAAGUUUCGAUGAAAAAUACUUUGGAUACAGUAAUCGAUCGAGAAAGGACUUCCAAGAAAAUAUAAACAUAAAAGGCGAACCAGAACAACAAAACAUCAUGGAACGGUGGGCUGGCAAAAACGCGAUAGUUACGGGUGCAGCAUCCGGCAUCGGCGAAGCGAUCACCGUCGCACUUUUACAACACAAAGUGACCGUGGUGGCCGUUGACAUGCAAUACGACAAAUUAAGACAGGCCGCCGAUAACUGGAACAAAAUCAGGGAAAGAGGACAGUACCAUCUUCUGCAGUGCGACGUCACCAAAGAGCCGGACGUUGACAAGGUUUUCAACUUCGUCGAGACGAUUGGCGGAGUGGACAUCAUGGUGAACAAUGCCGGCAUCGCGAACUUCAGGCGUAUCAUAGACAGCGACUGGCAAUCGAUAGAGAAGAUGGUGAACGUGUUCAUGCUUGCAACUCCGGUGUUCAUGUCCCGAGCAGUGCGUUCGAUGCGCAAAAAGAAUAACGAAGGACAUAUUAUCAAUAUAAACAGCAUUGCCGGGCACAUGUCGCACACGCCUAUCUUCUCGGACGUCGAGGGCUCGAAUGGCUUUCACAUGUACCCGGCCUGCAAACACGGAACCGUCGCAUUGACGGAGUCGGUACGACGGGAGCUCGCGUUCAUCAAUGCUCAGAUUCGUGUCACCAGCGUCAGUCCCGGCACCGUUAACACAACCCUCACGGAACACAACAAGGUCAUAUAUAGCCAGCUGAGACAAGUGAUAGAACCCGAGGAUGUCUCGGACGCAGUCAUCUACGCGCUUUCCAGACGUCCUGAUGUCGAGAUCAAAGAGAUCAUAGUCCAGCAACGAGGCAUUCUUUAUUAAGGGAUCGACUAAGACCAAUAUACGAAUUGCGCUGCUACCAUUUUCAGGAGGCGGGGACCGGCCGACUGAAUUUGCUUUCACUGUUCGAGGCACCAGAGAGAAAACCUUUUUCCCUCGAAUGCUUGCCAAGGAAAAGUACGCUUUUGUACAAUCGAUAUCAAUGGGAAAGAACUUCUUGAUCUGUAUAUAAAUGAAUAAUAAAUAUGACGAUAUGGAAUGAAGACAGGAAAGAUGGAAAAUUCUUACGGGGAUUCUGUCUAAGAUCAAGCAUCUAAAUAUUUUCCUUAUGAUACGAAAAAUGUGUCAAAACUGUCUUGAAUGAUUGUUAUCGUUUCCUUCAAAUUUUUCUAAAUGUACAUACAUUUUAUGGUGAUUAGUCCUCCGUUGUUUCUGUAUUUAUGGUAUAUGCAAGUUCGUGUAAUGCAAAUAAACGUCCAUAUUAAUGAAA